AUGGACUGGCAGUUCGAGGAAGACAAUCCUCUGACCCGAGGCUUCGAGCAUCUCCACAUUCCAGUUGAUGAUGUCGAAGACGAGAAUCUCAUCCGGUGGUUCCCACAGAGCAAUGCUUUCAUCGACAAGGCUCUCAAGGCCAAGACACCGCAGAGGUCAAACAGUACUACUGAUUCAAGAUCGGUGCACGACGAAACGACUCAAUCAGAAAAUGGUCCCGGCGUGUUCAUACACUGCUACAGUCCUUAUUGCAUACCUGCUAUGGGCAUCGAGGCAGCCGAGUCAGCUACCAUCACCAAAAGCGACGAUAUGGUGCCGAUACCUUCCAAACCUUUAUCAGUGGUCGAGGCUUUGAUGCUCCUGAGACAAGGGCGGCCCAUCGUGGAGCCGAAUCCUGGCUUUAUGGACCAGCUUCAUAUGUACGUCGACAUGGGCUGUCCCACUUCGUCCGAGGAACUCGAGAGGCAUAAGCUAUAUCGUCGAUUCAUCAAUAGAAGAAAUGUCGCAGAGUCAUUGGCGAUCAAUCGAGCCCCAGAUGUCGUAGACAUACGCUUCGAGGACGACGAGGAAGUCGAGGUCGAAGAUGCAUCUGCCAGGCUCAAGUCAAUCAAUCUCAAUGGGCAUCUCCAGGACGAUAGACCUCGAGAACAACACGACCACGCAACUUCGUUGUCGCCGCUGCCGUCACAUACUGGCUUCUACUCCACACAUGAUGGCGCAUACACCGCUAAGGAGCGAUCCGGCGUCGACGCCAUGCGCGCACAUUUUUCUACAUCCUUUGAGCUGGAUGCGAGAGACGCUAGCCGAGGGUCAACUCGAAGGUCGACUGUCAUGUCCGAACAGCAAGUGUGGUAUCAAUGUUGGUAA